GUCAGUGUUGGUGUGUGCCGGGCGCUGGUUCGGGGCCCGCUUCUCUGGUUCCUGGCGACAGACAUGGCGGAGGCGAUGGAUGUGGGCAAAGACCCCAACGGACCCACCCACUCCUCAACUCUCUUCGUGAGGGAAGACGGCAGCUCUAUGUCCUUCUACGUGCGGCCCAGCCCGGCCAAGCGCCGGCUCUCGACGCUCAUCCUGCAUGGCGGCGGCACCGUGUGCCGGGUGCAGGAACCCGGAGCGGUGCUUCUGGCCCAGCCCGGGGAGGCCCUGGCCGAGGCCUCGGGCGACUUCAUCUCCACGCAGUACAUCCUGGACUGUGUGGAGCGCAACGAGAAGCUCGAGCUGAAGCCCUAUCGGCUGGGCCCGGCCUCCGAGGCCGACCCGGGGGGGCCAGAGACAAAGCCCGGGGCUCCGGCCGAGGGCGCCGUGGAGCCCAGCCCGCAGUCGCUCGCGGGGCGCAUCUCCUUCACGGUCGCGGACGACGUGGCCAUCUUGACAUACGUGAAGGAGAAUGCCCGCUCGCCCAGCUCCGUCACCGGCAACGCCCUGUGGAAAGCGAUGGAGAAGAGCUCGCUCACGCAGCACUCGUGGCAGUCCAUGAAGGACCGCUACCUCAAGCACCUGCGGGGCCAGGAGCAUAAGUACCUGUUAGGGGACGCCCCGGUGAGCCCCUCCUCCCAGAAGCUCAAGCGGAAGGCGGAGCAAGACCCGGAGGCUGCUGAUAGCGGGGAACCACAGAACAAGCGAACUCCAGAUUUGCCUGAAGAAGAAUAUGUGAAGGAAGAAAUCAAGGAGGAUGAAGAAGCAGUCAAAAAGAUGCUUAUACAUGCCACCCGGGAGUUUGAGGAAGUUGCGGUGGAUGAGAGCCCUGAUUUUGAAAUACAUAUAACAAUGUGUGAUGAUGAUCCACCUACUCCUGAGGAAGACUCAGAAACACAGCCUGAUGAAGAAGAAGAAGAAAAAGUUUCUCCACAAGAGGUGGGAGCUGCCAUCAAGAUCAUCCGGCAGUUAAUGGAAAAAUUUAACUUGGAUCUAUCAACUGUUACACAGGCCUUCCUAAAAAAUAGUGGUGAGCUGGAGGCCACGUCCUCCUUUUUAGCAUCUGGCCAGAGAACUGAUGGAUACCCCAUUUGGUCCCGACAGGAUGACAUAGAUUUGCAAAAAGAUGAUAAGGAUACCAGAGAUGCAUUGGUCAAAAAAUUUGGUGCUCAGAAUGUAGCUCGGAGGAUUGAAUUUCGAAAGAAAUAAUUGGCAAGAUAAUGAGAAGAGAAAAAAGUCGUGGCAGAUGAGAUGGUUAAAGAAAAAAAAUAGAUUGUUACCAUUACACGUUAGAACAUUGAAACUGACACUUAUCUUUUGACCAAUGCUCUGUUUUUCUGAGUCCUAGAUUCUGUAGCCAAGCAGAGUUGUAUAGGAAGAUAAAAAUAAAAGAAAUUGCAGAUAUGUAGAGCUAUUCCUGGCAAGUAUCAAUGUGUCAAUGAAUGGAAAAUCCUAAACCAGAGAGGAGUUUGUCUCACAUGUAGUAAUACUUUGCUCAAAUGGAACCUUUGCUGUAUUGGUGACAGGAGCUAGUGACAGAGUCAAAGGAGAAAAAUUAGGAGGCAUAGGUCUUUUUAGGCAGUAUAAAUAAUCUCCUGUCCUUUGGCAGAAGCUUCUCUAGAUUGUGAUAGAAUUCAAAAAUAUGAGAAGAUUUAAUUGCAAGGCCUUGAACAUGGAUUAUCCUAAACCCUUGUAUUCCCCCAGUGAGCUCUGAUUUCUGGACUCCUUUGAAAAUCUCGUAUUCAUUAUUUUGGUAACUUAGUAUCUGGGGACCCUGUUCCUUGGCUGUUCUUUUCUUUGAGCCCUUUUUAGUCAAGUCUCUAGUUUGUUUAUUUACCUACCACUCAGUUUUGUUUGAAGCACACACAACCCUAGAGAGUCUCAAGAAUAAUCCUACUCUGUCAAUAGUAAUGUGUUUUAUUUAUUGAGUAUAGUUAGUACUAAGGAUUGUGUUACGUUUAAAAAUUAGUGAAUUACUUCUACCUUGUAUUGUUUUUGUUAUUGAAAAUAAAUGUAUCUUUAUAUUUGAGUCUCAUCAA